UGUGUUUUUUUAAUUUAAUUAUUGGACAUUUUUGUGACAUUUUAAACAAUUUGAAACCCAAUUCAAUGAUUAUGAUCUGCCCCUCAUUUGUUUUUCAAUUUGUUACUGAAAAUACCAUGAAUUUACAAUGUGAGCUAGGUGUUUGAUUUAAUGCUUAAGAGAAAAUGUGGAUCUUCUUUUAAUAUGCUGUAGUAUGCGCGCUUGAUUAUGCUUGUGAUGUGGUUAAAUGUGUGUCAGUAAUGUGAAAUAGAGGAAUUUUGUUGACAGGAGUUUAGGAUUAAGGUCUUGUUCUGUCUGAGACUUUGAGUAGUAUAGCUUAGCUAAUGUUAGUAAAAAAAAAAACUUAGUUUUGAUAGAACAAAGUUGUAAGCUUGCUGAUGUUAGUUAAGAAAAACUUAGAAUCUCUUUAGAUAAAGACUCAAUCUUUUAUGGGAGCUACAGAAAAUUGCAAAAUUGAUAUGCAAACUAUAAGCUUUUCUUGUGCUUUUCUUCUUUCUCCUCUUCAAAUAUGCUUAUAUAUGCGGUUACUUGUGUGUCAUUUUUGUGAAAUAGAGGAAAUCUGUGUAGACUAGUUUAGAAUUGAAGUCUUUGUUCCGUCUGAGCUGUAUAACUUAGCCCAUAUAGCAUACCGAUAAAUAUGCUCAUCACAGGGGAUGAUUUAGUUUUGCUUAAAAAAAGCACUCUCAUUUUCAUGUAGCUGUUGGUUAUUCUGUUUUUAGAAUAAAUAUGAACUCUGAAUUUCUUAAUCCUAAAAUCAAUAGCAGUAAUUCUGUUGGUGAUCCUCUGCUGCAUUUUAUUGUUAUAUUUGGAUAGUAAAACUCCCAUGGGGAACUUUCUCACAUAUGGCUGAGUUAGAUUUUUUGACAGUUAACACUGUUGUAAUAAACUGAUUUCGAACUGAAUUCAAUUUGAAAGUUCAAAAAUCGGCGAGAUAUGUACUAUCCUUGGGAGAUUGGGAUGGGAUUUUGGGUUUGCUGAACAAAGUUUAAUUUCACUCAUGAUAUAUGGGGAAUAAUACGUUGCUAUAAAACUUUGCCGAGUCUAUGAGUAUUAACAUUGGGGAUUUGAUGAAAGGUGCUUCUAAUAGUAUACAUGCAGCUUUCUCGCACUGUGUACAAGUAGUACGAAGAUAUGAUUACCAUCACUAUCUCUGCCUCCUUGAAAUCCCUCCUCACAUGCGAAAGGCUGCUUUUGCCCUCCGUGCCUUCAAUGUUGAAACUGCAAGAGCUAUGGAUGUUGCUUCAGACCCCAGGAUUGGUCUUAUGCGCCUACUCUGGUGGCAAGAAACUAUAGAUAAGAUAUAUACCAACAAAUUAAUCGAGCACCCAACAGCACAGGCCCUCUCGUCUGUGAUAUCAGAGUAUAAACUUACUAAGGGGUGGUUAAAACGGUCUGUUGAAGCUCGCAUCAAGGAUGCAGGGAGAGAGGUUACAGAUAUCCCAGAAACUAUCGAAGAAUUAGAAAAAUAUGCGGAGGACACUAUAUCAACCAUCAUGUAUCUGACACUUCAAGCUGGGGGUAUUAGGUCCACAGCAGCCGACCAUGCAGCGUCCCAUGUUGGCAAGGCAAGUGGCCUUCUAUUACUACUCAGGUCACUUCCAUAUCAUGCUAGCCGCAACCGUCACUUUUCUUACAUACCAACAGAAGUGGCAGCCAAACAUGGCUUAUUAGUGAAGGAUGGUGGUCGUUCAGAAAUUCGAAUGGAUUUACGUGAGGGCUUAUGUGAUGCUGUGUUUGAGAUUGCCUCAGUAGCUAAUGUCCAUUUGCAGAAGGCUCGCGCAUUAGCGGGAACUGUACCUGCUGAGGCUCGCCCGGUGCUUCUGCCAGCUAUUCCAGCUCAAGUUGUUCUAGACUCGUUGAAUAAAGUGCAGUUUGAUGUGUUUGAUCCGAGGUUAGAUCGAGGAAUUCUGGGUAUUCCUCCUUUGUUGUAUCAAUUGAAAUUAAAGUGGUCUUCAUGGAGAGGGAAAUACUGAUAAAUUACCCUCUAUAAUUCGAACCGAAUCAUCAUAAGGGAGAGAAUUUUAUCAUACUUUUCUUCAAAAUAAGCUGAUUGCCUUCACAUGAAAUGUGAUACUAGGUAAGAUCUUUCAUAAAGUUUGGUUAAACGUUUACUCUUUGUCUCUACAAUUUCCUUGAUAAUUAGCAUGGGCUGAUCGUGAAAUUUCUCAUUGUUGCACAAGAAAAACACUCAGGGUUACAGCUUGAUCCCUUACAUGUAGUAGUUGAAAGAAAUCGAAACUAAUACCGGCAAUAGGAAUGUACCUUAUUAUUUUAGUGGCAGUUAUAAAUGAUAUGCAAAUUUCAUUCCAAUUUUAA